GCGUAGUCUUUACCCUAGCACCAAGGCACAGCCUGAUAGUCGCCGGCUCGCCGCCGUUCCUCACAGCGCCCGCGCUCCAUCUUCUGCUCCAUCCCCCACUUUCGCUCGGCAUGAAGGCGACGCUCCAGCUUCUGCUCCGUCCCCCACUCGCGCUCGGCAUGAAGGCCACGGAGACGGCGCUCAGGCUCGGGCUCUCAGCGACGGCGGGGCAGUCCCAGGCUCGGCGGCUCCUCCUCCCGCCUCUCGCCAGUCGCCUCGCGCCCUCGCCUCCGUCCUCCCCACACCGGCCGGCGACCCUGCGUUUUGCAAGCUUGACGUACAAUGCCAGCAGCAUGAUUGGCCACAGGCUCGAGGGGCCGUUGCCAGUCCACGUUGUGAAGGUUUUGGAUCUUGUAGUACAUCUGAAUCAUGCUAGACCGAUGUCAACAGCAGCACCGGCAGCGGCACAGUCAAAGGUGCCCGUUGGAGCCCGGAAGGUUGGUCUGAAGGUUGUCAUGAUGAGUCCUGGUUUUGUAUAUGAGCCAUACAGCCCACGGGAACGCAUUCCCUUCUGGAAAAGAUGGUUUACACUAAGUGGCUGGAGAAGGACAAAGGAGGACAUCAUUUUGGAGAUGAAGAAUGCAUAUGCCGUUUCAAGGCUGAGGAAGAAAACUGGGUAUACCAAAAAGCAAUUCUAUGAUCAAGCACUAAAAAUAUACAAGGAGGUUAACACUCUGAUGGCACAUGGAGACACAUCAUCGCUCCGGAAAAUUCUGACAGAGAGGAUGCAUUCUACUAUAAAAAAUGAACUAAAGAGAAGACAGUCCAUGUGGAAUUCUGUACACUGGGAACUGGUGGAGCCUGCUGUUAGUAUCAGAACUUUGAGGGCUCGCAUGAUUGGCCUCGAUAAGAAUGACCUCGAUAAAUCUUUUAUACAGCUUACACUUGAGUUUGUUACAAAACAGAAAUUUGAAGCCUAUAAUUCAAAGGGUGCAGUUGUGUCUGGAGACAAGUCAAAGGAGGUACUUGUGAAAGACAUUUGGGUGUUUGAGAGGUCCCUUUUUCACCCUGGAGCAUAUUGGCGUGUAUGUGGAAGAAUUACUCUGUAACGAUAUCUGUUUGGUGAUCACAUCGUCGCCCUGGAGCUGAACAAUGCGUUUUUGUCGUGCCAUGUAGUUCAAUAAAAUUUUGCCGUGCCCUCCUAUUUUCCCCCCUCCGGUCUAACUGAUUUCUAACAGGGUCUUCAUUAGACACAAAUAGGCAACAAAUGUACGGAGUAGUAUUUAUAUUUUUUUCUUUGGGCUUGUUUGGUUCCCCUUGCCAAAUUUUAGCUCCCUUUAGCGAGUGUGUUUGAAAGUUUAGCUGCUAAAGUGACUAAAGCUAGCUAAAAUUUAGCAAGAUGAACCAAAUAGGCGCUUUGUUUUUUUUUAUUAGCAGAAAAUACAGGUUUUCUGUUUUUGCUUUUGUUAGAGAGUUAGCUUUUGGAGGGCAUAUUGACCCCAUCUGGAAGAGUUUGCAUAUCAUCAUCAUCAGGUUUCAGAAUUCAGAAAUAUACUGCCCAAUGUGUGCGACAAGGAAAAUCUGGAGCUGUUUCGUCCAUGGCACUUUGCUCAUGCUAUUCGUACGCCGAUCUUAUCCUGCAUUGGCGGUGCAGUUUCCGUUCAAUUAAAUAUUUGGUGGUAGUAGUAAGGCUAGAGGAAGCCUUCCAAGGCCAGGCACCUCUGUGUAACUGUCAUGUGACCUCGUUGACACUAUUAUGAACAUUCAUCUUUGUCAAGCUGAA